UCUAAUUAUUCACAAUUCAUGUGUUCAUCAUUUUAGUUGGUAAAGGCUGAACUUAUUACAUUUAGUAACUAAACCAAAAAUAACUAAAAGGUAUGAAAUAGAUUUAUUGGAGUAAACAAAAGUACACUUUUCCCUAUAAAUUGUAAUGAAAUUAAAGUAUAAAAUGUAGCCCUCAAAGCUGUACUUAAACUUCAGCAAAUGUACUUAAAGACAUCCCCCCAUAUCCUGUAAUACAUUGUCUUUCAAAAGAAAGGCUCAUAACCUCAGACACACACGUCUCAGUCAGCACGGCCACAGACCCACAGCCAUUACUUCCUGUGCGGAAACUAUUUCUGGUGUGUAGGAGGCCGGGCCAGGUUUAAACCUGACUUCACAUGCACGACAGCUACACCGUCGUACAGACACAUUUGAGUUCCUUUUAUUUUCAUAUGAAUAUAGUUUACUAUUUGUUGCCUUCAGAUGUAGAUACUCACUGCAGGUGUGAUGGAGGAUUUUUCUAAAUAUUUGGGUAUCAACUGGACCUUUUUUCUGACUUGUUGCAUGUUCUGGAUUUUCUCACCAGCAGAAGGAAACAAGAUCUCAAGGGAGGUGGGCAGCCCAGCGAUCCUGCACUGUAACAUCAGUUCAAACAGCACGCUCAAUCAGCUGACAUGGAAGAUGAACAGAGUACCCCUUUUCAGUUUCUCGCCAAAGGAAAGUUUACACAAGAGUGAAGAAGCUAAACGACUGAACAUUAAUAUGUCAGAGAGCCACCCGUACGCCCUGGUCAUAGAAAGAGUCCAGAAAUCUCACGAAGGGAACUAUACCUGUGAGAUCAGCACGGUGAUGGGAGUUGAAGAAUGUAAAUGGGAACUGAAAAUCACUGAGGAAGCGGUACCUGGAAAUCCAAACAAGCUGAUGAUUGUUGCGGCAGUUGUUGUCCCUUUGGUGUGUUGCUUGAUUUUUAUACUGGCUUUAAUCAUUCUGUAUAGAUGUCAUAAACAACGUGCAGAGAACUGUUCUCGCACCUCAGAAAUGCAGCCAGAAGAAGUUAUUUAUGAAAACUGUCUGGAAAAUGAUGUCAUACAACAACAAUAUGGCAAUAUUCAGCCUCUCCCUUUCAAGACUAGGUCUAGACAAGGAGGGGUUCAGUACUGAGCAGGUAGAGGACCGUCUAUUUUUAGAGUCUUUUUGUUGAAAACAUGUGCUGUUUCUCUAAAUGAAAGCAGAAGAUGAAAACAAUGUGCCAGAAGACGCUACAGCACUGUGGAUCCGAGGGAAACAACACCUUCUACCCUUCCUUUUUUUGUUUUUUUACCUUUAUUUAACCAGGAUUGGUCUCAUUGAGAUUAAAAAUCUAUUUUUCAAGAGU